AUGCAUCGGAACAUUGUGCUGGUCUUCGCUGUUACAUUCAUUCAGAUCGUCGUAGAAGGAUUAAUUUUGGAGAAUGUGAAUCAAGAUUAUGAGAAAUAUCAACUAUUUAACGAUCACGAAGUAUGGAAAAGAAUUCCAAAGGCAGCAUUCACAGCAAAGGAUAGACAAAAAAGAAAUGCAAAGAGAGAUUAUAGUUCAAGUACAUGUUCCCUUAAAAAGGCAAUUUUUAAGAACGAAUUCAGUUGUUACUAUGACAACGCUUGCUUUGAAACUUUUUACGACUGCUGUACUGAUUACGAGAAGCGUUGUGGAAACCAAACAGUGCAAAUUUCUAGCAUCAUUAACACGGAAGAGUCCAAAUGGACAUGUGUUACAACUAGGAAUGUUCGUGAACAUUCUAAAUAUUGCAGAAUUCAAGGCGUUUGGAUGAUCCAGAAGUGUCCACUGAACUGGCCAUCUGAUAAUACGAAGUUCGACUGUGAAAAUCCUCCACACAACUUCUCUUUCCCUGUCGUGAAGUAUCUUCCAGUAGUAGGCGAGAACAACAUUACUUAUCGUAACAAAUAUUGCGCCGUUUGCCACGGAAUAACAAGAUACAGUAGCUGGAACAUUCGGAUUCUCACUUACAUAACACUUCCUGCUGAAUAUGACCUUGAAGCAGGGAUAAAAUUAAUGAUAAAACAAGGCGCCAAGAAUCAAAAAAUCGAACCAAGUAGCGACCAACCACGACGAUACUGCAUUAUUAAAACUGAUAAAGGAGGAUGUUCCAACUCCUCUCACCCAUUGCACUAUAGUUGUGUGAAUGGACCUGUGGAAGUUGUUUCUGAUGGAAAACGUUACUUCAAGAACAAAGCAUGCGCGUUAUGUCGCGGAUUCACUGACAUAAGUCAAUGGAAGUUAAACAACAACUGUCCAGGUGUUCCGGGAGGUCCGGGUGGCCCGGGGGCGAAUGACGGCCGAUUUUCAACCGUAUUUCAUGUCGAGAAAACUGCUUCCAAAGCUAUACUAAACAUGAAACGAAAAUGUGGAUCUGACUUGGUAUUUGAUAAGAACUUAGGGUUUUGCCGUAUAAAAGGUAAGGUAAUUUCAGUUGACGAUGUUUUAUCAAAUCAAUAUUUCAUUGCUUUGUGGUUAAUCAAAACUAAGUCCUCCACACCCAUGGACAAGGUACCAGCCCCUCCAGUCUCUCCAGGCCCUUCAGGCUAUCCAGGCCCUCCGAGACCUCCGGGAUCUCCAAGACCUCCGGGGCCUCCGGACUCUCCACGCUCUCCAAGACCACCGGGAUCUCCGGGCCCUUCGGUCCCUUCAGGACCUCCGGUCCCUUCAGGACCUCCGGUCCCUUCAGGACCUCCGGGCCCUUCAGGACCUCCGGGCCCUCCGGGACCUCCGGGACCUCCGGGCCCUCCGAGACCUCCGGGACCUCUGGGCCCUCCGAGACCUCCGGGACCUCCGGGUUCUCCACGCUCUCCAAGACCACCUGCAUCUCCGGGCCCUCCGAGACCUUUGGGCUCUCCACGCUCUCCAAGACCACCGGGAUCUCCGGGACCUCCAAGAACUCCGGGAUCUCCAAGACCACCGGGAUCUCCGGGCCCUCUAAGACCUCCGGGCUCUCUACGCUCUCCACGCUCUCCACGUUCUCCACGUUCUCCACGUUUUCCACGCUCUCCAGGUUCGCCAAGCGUUCCAGGCCAAUCCGCCAAUUAUCAAACACUAAUGACAAUAGAGAAAGUUUUGGAAAAAAAGUUGGAAACAGUUCUUAAGUUGAAACAUAACAAAAUAUCUACUACGGGUACUUACGAGCAAACGUAUGACCAAAAGACAAGAAAAGGUACAUUGUUGUUACGUUUCGAGUAA